ACGGCCGAGACUGCUCUCACAGGCGGAAGAUGGCGUGGACACCCGACGAGGACGCGAAUAUCCUGGCCGCCAUCCGCGCGCUCGGCACGCAGUGGGCGCUCAUCGCGCAAAAGCUGGAGCGCAGCGCACCGCGGACGGACGCAGUACAGUCAGCCGCCAGAGGUGAGGCAUUCACACCGCGAUGCUCGUGACCCGUCACAGGAGCACCGCACGCCCGACGCCGUGCGGAACCGGUGGCACCAUCUCCAGCAGUCGCUCAACCUCAGCCACGUCGGGCAGCACGGUGUGGACAGCGUCUCUUCACACCUCUGGCUGUGAACAGGUCGCUCACCCUCAGCCACGUCGGGCACGAUUCGGCGGCGGCGUCCGCCGCAGGCACCAUGAUGCGUGUCAACGCGGAGCAGCCAGCCCCCGCGCCCGUCCCCCCCCCGGUGCCGCACGCCGCCAUGGCAGGGGGGCUGACAAUGCCUCCGCCGCCGCUGCUGCCGGCGCUUGCUCU